ACCAAACAAACAUGGCGGCCCGUGUAGCUGUAGUUUGGGUUGAAAUGUUUUUAUUGUAUACUGCCUUCGCCUCGAACGAAAACACCACCGCUUAUAACGUGGAUUUCACAACAGUUCUCUACGGUGAUUUAGCACACAACGAGACAUUCGAUAAUUCUACACCUAACGCCAAAGACUUGGAAUCUUAUACCAUUCUUAACACCGUUAGUGAACCACUAGUUAGCGCAUCUGUAGGUCCUAGUUCUGAUCCAGUGACUGAACGACUGAGCGAUCCACUGACCGGUCGUCUACCAACCCCCGUCACUCAUGGUGUUGAUGGGUUUUCUUUCCCUGCUCCUGCUCUUCCGGUGGACACAAACUUUGACUUGCUCUUCAAACAGUUUAAAGGGUUUACUUUUAGCUGGCAGGAGAAAAGCACUCAGAUGUCCACUGCUGUGCCACACACAUUUUAUCAGUAUGGAGAUGUAAUUGUGACUGCAAAAGAAAAUGGACAAGGAGGCAUACUUUGGCUCCCAGCUUCCGGCGUUACCGUUGACUGUGUUGACCACAGUCCCACAGCAUUUCUCCUGGACAUGAGAAGUCGUUGUUCUCGGCGUGUGGAUCUCCAGAAAAACUGCACCUCUCUAUCAGCCCUUAAAGCAGACACAUAUACUAAGAUCAGCCUCUUUGCUCACAAGAAUGAAGAUGCCCAAGUGGUACCCGUGCAGACGACUUCAGUUGUCCUGCAAUCUUUAGAUGGGACUCAACAUGAAUUAAACCUCAAUGAAGUGGGAGCGGUCAAUCCAUACCUCAUGACACCCAACGUGUGUGCAAAUGUCGUCCUCAAGGUUGCGUAUGAGUUGAAGUACACGGGUUCAGGUCACAUAGUGAAUGCUGCUGUGCGUCUGCUGCUUGGGCAUCUUCAUGCAAAACCACUGGCUCUGGAGCAGGAUUUUGCUAUCGCAUUUCUACAGGAGAAGAAUGAGAGUGUGCCGGUGCAGAACAGUGGACAUCCAGGUUAUGUGGUGGGACGUCCGCUUUUGUCUGCCCGAGCAACUUCUGAAGGAAUUGUGAGACACCUUGGAGACACGCUGUCUAUUCACCAGAGUUCCGCAAACCACGAUUGUAUGAGCGGUCCACAGCAGCGCUCUCCCGUCCUGUUUGGCGUGGCAUUAACUUCUGGCUGCACAUUGAGACUGAAGGAUGUAACCAACUGCUCCCUUGUUUCCCAAAUCAUCCUUGAUGUCCUGCAAGGGCAGAACUAUUCCCAUUUUGUUGCUGCGUUCGGAAACUCUCCAUUGGACAAUUCCCUCGACUGGGUGCCCAUCCAGCACACCAAUCAUCCCACGGAUUCACAGGCUUGCAGUAUCCCGUUGUCAUUUGACUUACAGAUCGAGUGGACUAAAUAUGGACGCUUGUGGAAUCCCCAAGCUCAAAUUGUGAGCGUCAAACAAGUUAUCCAAACUAAUACCAGCAGUCUGGUUCUGCCGAGCACAGGCGCAAACGCUGUGUUCAUUAGGAGCUCGGUGACCUUCACAGAAGUUUCUGCUGCUGCUCUUCCUGGUUACAGAGCCAUGCCCACCAUCAACGCCAAGCUGCCCGUCGACUUCUUCUUCCCUUUUGUGUGACUCACUAACCAUCUUUGUAAGUUUAUUUCACCUUUUUAAACCCGAGGGACCCCAGCACGGGGGCGGGGGGCAGGCACACCCUCGUGGCAUUCGGUCCAUGUUGCCAUGGCAACGGUGUGUGCGUGUGCUAUACAAGGUCAACCAAUGUAAUUUUAUAAAAAGUGAAGGCAACUCAAAGCACAAGCACUUGAAUGUGGAAAACAAGCAAGCAGCCAGCGACAAGACAAAGCUAAGAUGUGGAUGCUUUCAGAUAGUUUAGCAUACAUUGACCUACAUUGGACUGCUUUUAGCCUGAAUGUGCAAAAUGUAGCAAAGUGCUUCCCCCAUCCUUUCGUGGAAAAGGUUUGUACACCCCCUGAGUUACGAGUUAACAAAAUGGUACGUAGUAUUGUUUGUUUACAUAACUAAUAACACCAUAAAGCAAGUACAGGAAAAUAAUUGGACAACUGAAAAUAGGAAUUUUAAAGAGACGAUUGAGAAAUACUGCUUGAUAGAACAAAAUAGUAGAGAAAGCUGAAGGACAUGAAUCGCAUGUGAGAAGAAUGGCAGUCAGAAGUCGAUUGCGUGGCGCUUGAGGAGGGCUUGAAGCUUCUGGUUGUCUUGUUGCUAGGACACAUGGAAACAGGAAAAGUAGUUAGGAGGAAGCCUGAUAUCAGGCAUCAGGGCAUGUCUGGAGAACAAAAUCAUAAAUUACUUCUGCACACCACUUCAAGUCUUGAAUAGAGCAGGCAUGUUUUUAUUUCUACAUUUAAAAAAGAUUUAUGUGCAUAACUACUGGAUCUGACAUUUAUAAAUCUCAAGCAAUGGGAAGACUGCUGAGUUCAGACCCAUCUUAAGCUACGUAUGUCCUGUACUCCCAACCAUCAUGUGACACACAAAAAUAAAUACAACUGUUAUGGACCAUUUCACAGACUAAUAUAAUAUAAAACCAAAUCGGAAAACACUGACCUUUGUGCUGACAGUGCAUAGUACAAGACUAUGGAAAUGAAAGAACAAGUGAGCACCUCAGCGAACACGAGUGUGCUUCUCCAUUUUUUUACUUUGCCAUCUUCGUCACAGUAAGUCUGGACAUGUAAUAUACAGUAAAGGUGUUUAGAUACUGUACAGUAUAUAAGUCAGUAAGUACAUUCAUUGAUUUAAAUCUAAUCAUCACCCUGUUCACUCUUACUGUUGCACUUGCACCUUCCUAAAAAGAACCAGUGGUGUCCAAACUCAGCUCCUUGUGAGUUAGAGACUAUAACGUCUCAGAUGAGGACAUUGUUUAAAGACCUGCAGCAGGUCCAGAGCAAGCUGGAUGAAGCGGAAGGCAUGAAGAAGAUGACUUUUCUUCGUAGGGUGGCUGGACUCACCCUCAAGGCUCUGGAUGUUGAGGGAUGCUCUUGGCUGACACGUCUCUUCAACAUUGUAUGGAAGUCGGGAACAGUACCUCUGGAUUGGCAGACCGGGGUGGUGGGCCCCCUUUUCAAGAAGGGUGACCGGAGGGUGUGUUCCAACUAUAGAGGGAUCACACUCCUCAGCCUCCCUGGGAAAGUCUAUUCCAGGGUGCUGGACUAAAGGGUACGACCGUUAGAGUCGAAUCUCGGCUACAGGAGGUGCAAUGUGGUUUUCGUCCCGGUCGCGGAACACUGGACCAGCUCUACACCCUUGCAGGGGCGUGGGAGGGUACAUGGGAGUUUGCCUAACCGGCUCUACAUGUGCUUUGUGGAUUUGGAAAAGGCAUUUGACCGUGCUCCGGGAGUACAGGAUUGGUGGCGUGCUACCACGUGCCAUUCGGUCCUUGUCCAAACGGAGCAGGAGCCUGGUUUGCGUUGCCAGCAGUAAGUCAAGCCUGUUUCCGGUGAACGUUGGCCUCCGCCAAGGCUGCCCUUUGUCACCGAUUCUGUUCAUAAUUUUAAUGGACAGAAUUUCUAGGCGCAGCCAAGGUGUCGGGAGUCCAGUACGGCAGCCUCAGGAUCUCGUCUCUGCUAUUUGCAGAGGAUGUGAUCCUGAUGGUCUCAUCGGGCUGCGACCUUCAGCGUUUACUAGGACAGUUUGCAUGCGAGUGUGAAGCUUCUGGGAUAAGACUCAGCACCUCCAAAUCCAAGGCCAGGGUUCUCAGUCGGAAAAGGGUGGCAAAUUAAAGAAUUUAAUUUGAGGUGUGUGUUUAAACAGAAGACCUAUACUUACCGCGCAUUCAUAAAAUCACCCGCUUCAGUGCCACAAUCCAAAGGGGCUGAGAUGAGCGCUAGGACGAGCUUCAGCUCCAACAGACUUAUUGGCUCAUAAUGACUAAAAAAUCGUCCAAAGUGUGGAAGUAUUUUGAAAAGGUUAAAGACGAGCCCAAGAUAGUAUAGUGACACUUGUGUCAGCAGCUUCUUGCAUAUCACGUGACAACAACCAACACGGCGUAUCAUUUAAAACGGUUAAGGCUGUUAAGACAACUUCAUUUUAUUUCCCAACUGUGGAUUUUAAGGCAAGAAAUUAGGUUGCUAACUGAGUUUUGGUGAGUUGUUGUUUUUCAAACUAUGUUGUUCCUAUUUUAUGUGCACUUUUCUGAUGUAUGAUAUGCAUACUUACCAAAACCAACUGUUUUGGUUUUGUUCAUCUGGCCUUUUGUGUCCCUAAAUAAAUAAAGGUGCUGUUGUUCCACACCUAACAUGUUUAUUUAUCUUUUUUCAGAGAGGUGGAAAGACUCAAAUGAGAUUUAUUUGUAAACUAAACAAUAAUUACAGUAAAAAAAAGGGCUGUCAACUGAACAUUUUAAUCAAAUUAAUCAGUUUUAAAAUUAAUCAUGAUUAAUCACUAGGGAUGUCUCGAGAACUGAGUGUCUCGAGACAAUACACGAGAUUGGGUCAACGAGAUGAAUAUUUGACAAUAUCCAUCCAUUUUCUAUGCCGCUUCUCCUCAUUAGGGUCAUGGGGGCAUGCUGGAGCCUAUCCCAGCUGACUUCAGGCGACAGGCGGGGUACACCCUGGACUGGUCGCCAGCCAAUGGCAGGG